AUGAACUUUCUCUCUGGGAUCUGGUGGUCUCUUCCCUUGGUCUUGGUCUGGGCGACCCCACCAGUCACCUCCUCAUGGUUGAAGCUGCGUUUUACAUUUUGGGGGGAAUGCAAAAGUACGCGAGGGUCCCCCAGCCAGCAGAACAGCACGUACGUCUGAGGGUGGAUGGUUACGCAGGGUAGUCGGGAAUCUGCUUUUGUACAUGCCAUCUCCUCUGCUGGAGUGGUUUUUGCCAUCACCAGGGCAUGUAGCCAAGGGGAGCUGAAAUCCUGCUCCUGCGAUCCCAAGAAGAAAGGCUCUGCCAGGGACAGCAGGGGCCAUUUUGACUGGGGUGGCUGCAGCGACAACAUCGACUACGGCAUUAAAUUUGCCAGAGCCUUCGUAGAUGCCAAAGAACGGAAAGGAAAAGAUGCGAGAGCGCUGAUGAACCUUCACAACAACAGAGCUGGGAGGAAGGCCGUGAAGCGGUUUUUGAAACAGGAGUGCAAAUGUCACGGUGUGAGUGGAUCAUGCACUCUAAGGACCUGUUGGCUGGCCAUGGCAGACUUUAGGAAAACAGGAGAUUAUCUGUGGAAGAAAUACAAUGGAGCGAUUCAGGUGGUCAUGAAUCAAGAUGGCACGGGUUUCACUGUGGCUAAUAAGAGAUUUAAGAAGCCAACUAAGAAUGACCUGGUAUACUUUGAAAGCUCUCCAGACUACUGUAUCAGGGACAGGGAUGUAGGGUCCCUCGGGACAGCCGGUCGGGUGUGUAACCAAACCUCCCGCGGCAUGGACAGCUGCGAAGUGAUGUGCUGCGGGAGAGGCUACGACACCUCCCGUGUCAGCAGAAUGACAAAAUGCGAGUGCAAAUUCCACUGGUGUUGUGCUGUGCGCUGCCAGGACUGCCUAGAAGUGGUUGAUAUUCAUACCUGCAAAGCGCCGAAGAGCGCUGGUUGGAUCUCCCGGACAUGAUGCACCAGGCUACUGAUGCUUGAGGACCACAGCUUUUGCCCUUCCUGCUCCAUGCAGGGAAA